CAAAACUGACAUGUACAGAUUCCCUCACUAGCCUACUCUCCAUAUCAGUUUUCUUUCACUUAACUAUUCGAACACUUUUACUACUACUUCUUCUUCUUCUUCUUCUUCUUCAUUCUUGUUUCUUCCACUUGGAAGAUGAGAGGCCCUGGAAGGCCCCUCUCUGAGCUGUUGCAAGAGCAGCAGGAGCCAUUUGUGUUGGACGUUUACCUGGCUGAGAGAGGCCACUACUGCUUAGAGAGGCUUCUUCUCCUUGCAUCCAAUAAGUCUUCCUCUUGCACCUUUUGCUGCCAUGGUAAUGCAUCAAAGAAGCUGCAGUUCUUUACCAGCCACGGCUUCAUCAAGUGUUGGAAGAAUGCCUUCACCUCGUGUCACAAAACUCCUAACCACCACCACCACCACCAUCAUCAUCAUCAUCAUCAUCACAGCAAUUACAGUGUUGAUCACUAUGAUGCGGAGGUUGUUCUUAGCUUGCCAAGGAAAUUUCUCAGCAUCUUCAAUGAGAUUCUUGAGGCUGCUUACACCCCUGCAUUUCAUCAGCUCAUCGGAUCUAAAAGAAGAGCUGUAACCGAGAAAAACAUUCAUGAGAAGAUACUCUUAGUGGAGAGGCAGCAGAGACAUUUAACAUGCAACAAAAGGCAUUUGGUGAUCUCUUCAGAGUUUUCAUGUCUCAGUAAUUUGGAGUGGAGUGGACUGCAAUCUGAUCUGGUUGGAGAGGUUGGAGUGGAGAUAGGAGCUGCACUUUUGGAAGACAUCAAAGAGGAAACAAUCUUAGACAUGAUAGGUCCUUAUCACUUCAGAACUUUGACGAGUUCAUCGCCAUUGUUGUAGUAAAUUUGAGUUGUCUUGUUCAUUGUUAUUCAGCUCAGGAAGUAUACUGCCUGUCUCAUGUAAAAGUCGUAGCAGCUGGCACUGCAUCGAGAGUAGAAGGACCGCAACAACUUCCAAAAAAACUUUUCAUAUUUUGAUCACCCAAAUGAUCAUAUUAAUUUUCUCUUCCAACAUUGAAGACAUAAAGAAACAAAAGUGUGGCCAGAUUCAGGAAGAAGACAAAGUGAAGACUGUAAGCAUCUUGAUACAGCUUCCUUUCUAUCUCGGUCCAACA